AAAUAGGCCGUGUGGCGCCCGAGAACCUGCACUAUUUGCCCAGACGGCGUCCGCUCCACUCAAACACAGUGCGUCUCUGCUGCGGUGCGUUGCGCGCAGGCUGGAGAGAGAUGACAAGAGUCCCGCGGAACUGGCCAGAUAAACAUGGAUCUCCGUAAAACGCUGAUUUCGUUGCUUUGGAUAUUAUUGCUGAAUCUAGAAGAAGACUGUCACGCCGAGGAAGUGGUGCUGCUGAAUUCUAAAGAGACUCAGGCAGAGCUGGGAUGGACAUCUUAUCCCCCCAAUGGAUGGGAGGAGAUAAGUGGUGUAGAUGAGAAGUACAAGCCUAUCCGGACGUACCAGGUGUGCAACGUAAUGGAGCCCACGCAGCAGAACAACUGGCUGCAGACAGGCUGGGUGGCGCGCCGAGGUGGCCAGCGCAUUUUUGUGGAGCUCCAGUUCACGCUGCGCGACUGCAACAGCAUCCCCGGUGUGGCGGGCACGUGCAAGGAGACCUUCAACCUCCUCUACGUUGAGUCGGACAGGGACCUCGGGGGUGUGACACGAGAGGACCGCUACACCAAGAUUGACACCAUUGCUGCAGAUGAGAGCUUCACACAGGGUGACCUGGGUGAAAGAAAGAUGAAACUGAACACAGAGGUGCGUGAGAUUGGCCACCUCAACCGCAAGGGCUUCCACCUGGCUUUCCAGGACGUCGGCGCCUGCGUGGCCCUAGUGGCCGUGCGAGUGUACUACAAACGCUGCCUUGCAACUGUGCAGAACCUGGCAGUGUUCUCCGACACAGUAGCUGAGGCGGCCUUCGCCACGCUGGUAGAGGUGCGUGGCACCUGCGUCAACAAUUCUGAGGUUGACGCUGACAGCCCUCCCCGGAUGCAUUGCAGCGCCGAGGGAGAAUGGCUGGUACCCAUUGGGAAGUGCAGCUGCAGCGCCGGUUACGAGGAGGGACACAGCAGCUGUGAAGCUUGUCCCCGUGGCUCCUAUAAGAUGUCCUCUAGGCAGCAGGAGUGUUUUCCCUGCCCAGCCAACAGUGUUGCAGAGGAGGAAGGAUCUGUGGCGUGUGUUUGUGAGGAGGACCACUUCAGAACCCCCCUGGACACACCCUCAGCACCAUGCACAAGGCCCCCAUCCCCGCCCAGAGACUUGGUCUACACCCUGAAGCAGUCCACACUGAUCUUGGAGUGGGCCGCACCAUCCGACACAGGAGGCAGGGUGGAUCUGACCUACAGUGUAGGGUGCCGGAGGUGCGUUGGGAGGCAGUGCGAGCCAUGCGGGGCGAGUGUUGGCUUUGUGCCUCAGCAGGUUGGCCUGACAGAAAGAACGGUGACUGUGGUCAAUCUUCUGCCCAACACCAACUACACGUUCACCAUCGAAGCCUUGAACGGAGUGUCAGAGCUGCUGCCCAACAAGAGAUUCUACACCCAGGUCAACGUGUCCACAAGCUUACCUGCACAAUCUCUGAUCAGUGACCUGCGAGCAGAGAAGAUCGAGCAGAAGGGUAUAACCUUGGUGUGGAGGGAGCCUUCUUACCCAAACAGCAGCCGCACUGAAUAUGAGGUCAAAUACUAUGAGAAGGAACAAAAGGAUCAGAGUUAUUCUACUGUGAAGACCGCCGCCACACGGAUCAGUGUCAACAACCUCAAACCUGGCACCACAUAUGUCUUCCUCAUCCGCCCUUUCUCUACACCGGCCCCCUCCUCAUCCCUGUCCUCCUCCCCUCUGUCAUCAUCCUCUGCCUCCUCAUCCUCCUCUGCUUCUUCCUCUUCUUCAUCGUCGUCCUCUCCACCUCCCAUCGACUACGGAGCGUACAGCACUCCCCUGGAGCUACAGACACUUGGCGAGUUGGCACUGGCGUCCAGUGAACAGAGUCCAGUGGUGAUAUUUGUUGUUGUGUCCGUGGCCGCCUUGAUCAUGCUGCUCUCCAUGGGAGUUGGCCUGCUCAUCUGGAGAAGACAAUGCGGCUACAGCAAAGCUUCUCAAGAGGGAGACGAGGAACUUUACUUCCAAUUUAAGAUCCCAACGCGUAGGACCUACAUUGACCCCGAGACCUGCGAGGACCUGCUGCAGGCCGUGCAUGCAUUUGCCAAGGAGCUGGACAACUCAAGCAUCAAGAUAGAAAGAAUUGUGCACACAGGCGACUUUGGGGAGGUGUGUCGGGGCUGCCUUAAACUGCCCAGUAAGAGAGAGCUGCCGGUGGCCAUAAAGACGUUAAGGGCCGGCUGCUCUGACAAACAGCGCCGCUCGUUUCACAGUGAGGCCGGCAUCCUGGGGCAGUUUGACCAUGCCAACAUCAUCCGACUGGAGGGCGUCAUCACAACGGGUAACACCAUGAUGAUUAUAGUGGAGAGCAUGUCUAACGGAGCCUUAGAUUCCUUCCUUAGGAAACAUGAAGGUCAGUUGAGUGUAAUGCAGUUGAUGGAUAUGCUGACUGGUGUGGCAUCGGGGAUGAAGUAUCUCACUGAAAUGGGCUUCAUCCACAAACGGCUGGCCGCACACAAGGUGCUGGUUAACGCCAACCUGGGCUGCAAGAUAUCCGGCUUCAGACCUCUUCAAGAAGACAAGAUAGAGGCCAUCUACACCACACUGCAUGGAGGGAAGAGUGUGGUGCUGUGGACCGCUCCAGAGGCCAUCCAGUACCAUCGUUUCUCCUCGGCCUCAGAUGUUUGGAGCUUCGGCAUUGUCAUGUGGGAGGUCAUGUCCUAUGGAGAGAGACCCUACUGGGAUAUGGGCAACCAGGAUGUGAUCAAGGCCAUUGAGGAUGGUUUCAGGCUGCCGGCUCCAGUUAACUGCCCUCCACAUCUCCAUCAGCUGAUGCUGGACUGUUGGCAGAAGGAGAGGACAGAGAGGCCCAACUUCAGCCAGAUCCACUCAGCCCUCAGCAAGAGCAUUCGCUCCCCUGAUGGUAUUGGUUCCUCCACAUUGGCACGCAGAACCCUGAGUUCAUCCAUUACGCUAGCAGAGAGACCGUUGCCCUCCUUCCCAUCCUUUAACUCGGUGGGAGAGUGGCUGGACGCAGUGGACAUGGGCCGAUACAAGGACAACUUCACAGCUGCAGGAUACUGCUACUUGGAGUCUGUUGCGCGAAUGACUGUACAAGAUGUACUGAGCCUUGGCAUCACUUCCCUUGAGCACCAGAAGCUGAUACUGGCUGCAAUCCAGACCCUCAGAGCCCAGGUCAUCCAAAUGCACGGCCGCGGUGUGCAGGUCUAAAAAACAGUUGACGCGCCUACACUCACAGUGCUGCUGCAGACCCACAUGUGCAGAUGGAUGAUGAGGUGGAGAAAAGGAGAGAGAGAGAGCUCUUCCAAACUGAAGGAAAGAUAAACAUAUCUUUCAGCUAACUGCACUCUAUCUACUCCACCUUCCCACACAUCCUCAUGCCUUCUUCGACUCCUUCCUUCCUUUUUUCUAUGAAUCCCCUCAGAGACGAGCACGGUUCCUGUCGCAAUUGGGGGAUUGCAGAGGAGUGAUUUCACCUGACUUUUUUUGUGACCUUAAUCUGCACUUCAAUAACGGUGUCCGCUCCAUCUCACUGGUUCUGGAUCAGUGCGUAAAUGACAAAGAAAAUAUUGUCUCUUGCAGGACAGGCUCUGUCUGAAGCUGACCUAUAAGCUGCAGGAGGAGGCACAGAUGUACUACGCUGCAAACACACUGGUUACGAACUAGUGCUCAAAACAACAUUCACAUUUUGGGUGGAAUUUCCCUUUACCACAACAUUGAUUCACUCAGAACAAUAUGUCGUCAAAGCCAGGGAGUAUUUUACUGACCUUGGAUCAAAUUCCUUUCCCCCCCAGAACUGGCACCGCUUAUUUUACAAACAGAAACUGAUCUACUACGCCGAUGAAAGAUCAUAUCAUUGUACGUCAGAGCUGAUUUCUGAAGACGGCUGCAGUAGAUUAAGAAGAUUGUGCUGUCCCAUGUCAAGUGUCUAGUAAAUGUGAGGUUAGAAGAGUUUGUUGAGGCCUCAAAAGAGGCUAAACAAACACAACUGACAGUAUAGAACAGUAUAUAAAGUGUGCUGAUGGAAAAACACAGCUACAGUAGGUUAUGGUUGAUGAUUGAGGAACUUCAACCUGUUUCUUUUCUUUCGGGCUACUGAUGGUUAAACAAAAGCUGCAGGAUACUAAAGAUACAAUUGUAAAGGGAGAAAACGUGUUUGAUUGUUCAUGAAUUUCUUGUAUGUUGCUGUCUAUUUCUCUACUAUCAAUCAUAGUUUCUUUGUCUUAUCUGUCUUUUCUCUUUUUAUUUUUGCAUUUAGAAACAUUGAUUGUUCCCCUUUGCCCUGCUCACUGGCAUCUCAGUAACAGAAUCCUCCUCUCUAAAGCCUCUCUCACCACCAUGUUUACUACUCUGCAUAGAGCAUGGGUCAACUCUGGAAGAUGGCCCGUUUCGGAUAUUUAUCCAUAUUUAUUUAUGUUUAUAGACUGUAACACUGCCUCCGCAGAAAAGAGGUUAGGAUGAUUUAUUUAACUUAUAGUAUUU